UUCGCGUCAUGGCGGCCGCCACCGCCGCCGCGGCUGCUACUGCAGACGUUCUGGAGGCGUUGGCGCCUCCGGGCAACCUAGGGGGCCUCGUGCAAGACUUCGUCCUGGGUCAGCAGGACGGCGCCGCGGAUCUAGUGGCGGCAGAUGUGAAAUCCGGCAGCUAUACAGUGUUACAAGUGGUCGAAGCCCUUGGGUCUUCGCUAGAGAAUCCAGAACCCCGAACUCGUGCACGGGGAAUCCAGCUUUUGUCACAGGUGCUACUCCAAUGUCACUCCCUGCUCCUGGAGAAAGAAGUGGUACACCUGAUCCUGUUCUAUGAGAACCGCCUGAAGGACCAUCAUCUCGUGAUCCCAUCUGUCCUGCAGGGUUUGAGAGCACUUAGCAUGUGCGUGACCUUGCCCGCAGGGCUAGCUGUCUCUUUGCUUAAAGCUAUCUUCCAGGAGGUUCAUGUACAGUCCCUGAUACAGGUGGACCGGCACACAGUCUACAGUAUCAUCACCAAUUUCAUGAGAACUCGGGAAGAAGAGCUGAAGGGCCUAGGAGCUGACUUCACAUUUGGCUUCAUCCAGGUGAUGGAUGGGGAAAAGGAUCCACGUAAUCUUCUGGUGGCCUUUCAUAUCGUCCAUGAGCUAAUUUCCAGGAACUAUAGCCUAGGACCCUUCGUGGAAGAGCUGUUUGAAGUGACAUCCUGUUACUUCCCUAUUGAUUUUACCCCUCCACCUAAUGAUCCCCAUGGGAUACAGAGAGAAGAUCUCAUCCUGAGUCUUCGAGCUGUGCUGGCUUCUACACCACGAUUUGCUGAGUUUCUGCUGCCCCUGUUGAUUGAGAAAGUGGAUUCUGAGAUCCUGAGUGCCAAGCUGGACUCUCUACAGACUCUAAAUGCUUGCUGUGCUGUGUAUGGGCAGAAAGAACUGAAGGAUUUUCUCCCCAGCCUUUGGGCUUCUAUCCGUAGAGAGGUGUUCCAGACGGCAAGCGAGCGGGUGGAGGCAGAAGGCCUGGCAGCCCUCCAUGCCCUAACUGCCUGCUUGUCUAGCUCUGUGCUGAGGGCCGAUGCUGAGGACCUCCUUGACUCCUUCCUUAACAGCAUUCAACAGGACUGCAGGCACCACCUGUGUGAACCCGACAUGAAGCUGGUAUGGCCUAGUGCCAAACUGUUGCAGGCAGCCGCCGGGGCUUCUGCCCGCGCCUGCGACCAAAUCACCAGCCACAUACUCCCAUUGCUGCUAGAACAGUUCCACAAGCACAGCCAGAGCAACCCACGACGGACAAUCCUUGAAAUGAUCCUGGGCUUCCUGAAAUUGCAGCAGAAAUGGAGCUAUGAAGACCAAGAGCAAAGGCCUCUGAGUGGCAUAAAGGAUCAGCUAUGCUCACUGUGCUUCCUGGCCCUGACAGACCCCAGCUCCCAGCUGCAGCUUGUUGGUAUCCGAACAUUCACAGUCUUGGGUGCCCAUCCAGAUCUCCUGUCAAUUGGGGACUUAGAACAAGCAUUGGGCCACUUAUACCGACUAAGUUUUCUGGAGGAUUCCCAGAAUUGCAGGGUAGCAGCACUGGAAGCGCUGGGAACUCUAGCCACUCUCUACCCUGUGGCCUUCACCACCUCCCUAGUGCCCAAGCUUGCUGAGGAAUUGUGCGUUGAGAGAUCAGACUUGACUCCAGGGGAAGAUCCCAACAGACGCUCCAAACAUCUCCGCUGUCUACAGGCCUUGUCUGCCAUUUCAACACACCCCAGCAUUGUUAAGGAGACCCUUCCUUUACUGCUGCAGCAUCUCUGCCAGCUGAACAAUGCAGGAACUGUGGUUGCGACACCAAGUGAUGUUGUUGCUGUCUGUCAGAGCCUCCAGCUGGUAGCAGAAAAAUGUCAGCAGGACACUGCGAGCUACUGGUAUUUCCAUCAGACAGCCCUACCCUCCCUGCUUGCCCUGGCUGUGAAGGCUUCCAUGCCAGAGGAGCAAUCAGUUCUGGGGAAAGUGCUACUAGAAGAUGAAGUUUUGGCUGCCAUGGUAUCUGUCAUUGGAAAUGCCACCACACACUUGAGCCCUGAAUUGGCUGCCCAGAGUGUUGCCCAGAUUGUGCCCCUCUUCUUGGAUGGCAACUUGUCCUUUCUGCCUGAAAAUAGCUUCCCUUGCAGAUUCCAGCCUUUCCAGGAUAGCUCCUUGGGGCAGAGACGGCUGGUUGCACUGCUUAUGGCCUUUGUCUGCUCCCUACCUCGAAAUGUGGAUAUUCCUCAGCUGAACGAACUCAUGCAGGAACUUUUAGAGCUGAGCUGCUGCCCCAGCUGCUCCUUCUCUUCCACUGCUGCUGCCAAGUGCUUUGCAGGACUCCUCAACAAGCACCGUGCAGGAAAACAGCUGGAUGAAUUCCUGGAGCUGGCUGUGAACAAAGUGGAGGCUGGUCUGAGUGCUCAGUCCUCUCGGACUCAAGCCUUCACACUGCUGCUAUGGGUGACAAAGGCUCUGGUGCUUAGAUACCACCCUCUCAGCUCCCACCUUACGGACCGGCUCAUGGGUCUCCUGAGUGAUCCCGAGCUGGGCCCAGCAGCUGCUGAUGGCUUCUCUCUGCUCAUGUCUGACUGCACUGACGUACUGACACGUGCUAGCCAUGCAGAAGUGCGAAUUAUGUUCCGCCAGCGUUUCUUCACUGACAAUGUGCCUGCUCUGGUCCAGGGCUUCCAUACUGCUCCCCAAGAUGUGAAGCCACAUUACCUGAAGGGUCUGUCUCAUGUGCUCAACAGACUACCCAAGCCUGUGCUCUUACUAGAACUGCCCACACUGCUCUCCUUACUGCUGGAGGCCCUAUCCUGCUCUGAUCAGGUGGUACAGCUCUCCACGCUCCGUUGUCUUCAGCCUCUUCUGCCGGAAGCCCCACAGGUCAUGAGUCUCCAUAUCGACACCCUUGUCACCAAGUUUCUGACCCUCAGCUCUAGCCCUUCCAUGGCUGUCCGGAUUGCUGCCCUGCAGUGCAUGCAUGCUCUCACUCGCCUACCUACUCCUGUGCUGCUGCCAUACAAGCCACAGGUGAUCCGGGCCUUAGCCAAACCUCUGGAUGACAAGAAGAGGCUGGUGCGGAAGGAAGCUGUGUCGGCCAGGGGAGAGUGGUUUCUGCUGGGAAGUCCUGGCAGCUGAGAUAGAAAUACUGAUCCCAGCUGUUCUGACAAUCUCACCUAGAAUGACUAACUUUUGAGCCAUUUCGUGCUCUGGCAAGGAGACCUCUUGGACAGAUGCAGCGUACAUCACUGGCCUCUGCUGCAUGGAGGCCUGCUUCAUUUAAUGGCCUGUGCAGUGACUGAGUGUGUGACUACUUGUGUUGGAAGAAAGUUCAGUCCUGGGCUGCUUCCCUUGUCUGUCAAAAAUAGGAGGCAUGGCCCCUGAGGGGCAAAUGCAAAGUGGAUACCUGCUGAAGAAUAAAGAUUUCUUUUGGUAA